AAUGAAUGAAGAGAGAGAGAGAGAGAGAGAGCAACUUGUGGGUGUUUGUCAUCUCAUUGUUAUCCUCUCUCUCCUUUCUUUCUCUUUCUCUUUCUCUUUCUCUCUCUUAAUCAAUUAGGAGCUCUGAUUUUGUCCAUUUCUUUCUUUAUUAUUAUUGCUGGCUUCUGCAACUUCAACUACUGUAGGCUUUUAGCUUAUAUAGAUAGAUAGAACUGAAGAAGAAGAAGAAGAAGAUCACAGAGGCAAGAUCAACUGUCAUGGAUGGCUCUCACUCUGAAGGAUUGGACUCAAAGAUUACAGAAGAACUUAAACCAGAAACUCAGGCAUCCAAAAGAAGGAAAGUGGUUCAAAAGACUGUGGUCACAGUGAAGAUUGAAGCAAAUGAGGGGAAACAGAGGAGUGAAGGACCACCUUCUGAUUGUUGGUCUUGGAGGAAAUAUGGGCAAAAACCCAUCAAAGGGUCUCCUUAUCCAAGGGGUUACUACAGAUGCAGCACAUCAAAGGGAUGUUCAGCAAAAAAACAAGUAGAAAGAAGCAGAACAGAUGCUUCCAUGCUCAUCAUCACUUACACCUCCAGCCAUAAUCAUCCAGGUCCUGUUCUUCCCACCACCAACAACCUCACUGUCACUACUACUGAACACUCUAAAUUAGAACCACCUACUGAAGACCAACCCACCACAACCACCCCCCAAAAAGAAGAUCUAGAACAAGAAGCCCAAGACCAAGAUCAACAACCCCUCAUCAACAGUGAAGAAGAUGCAAAUGAAGAUCAUUUCCACUACUCCCAAUCUCCAUUCAACAACUCCCAAGAAAACCCUUUCGCGGAAAACCUAGAGAACACCACUACUUAUGAAGCACCAAGUGUUGUUCUAUUUGAGGAAGAGCCACUCUCUUGUUAUAAUCCUCCUCUCCCUCCUCCUCUCAUGGCCUUCUCAGCAAUCGACAAAUCAGAAGAAGAAUAUGACUUCUAUGAUGAGCUUGAAGAACUACCCUCCUCCUCCUCAUCAUCAUCAUCUUCAUCCUUCUUCACAAGCUUCUUAAGGAACAAUUUCUUUGAUGAAAGGAUUCUUGUUCACCCUUCCUGAUCCAAAGAUUCUUGUUCAUCCUUCCUGAUCCAAAUCACCAUCUUCUUCCCUUUUUUUUUCUUUUUUUCUUUUUUAAAUGCUUUUUCUGUCUUUUAGAGAAAUAUUGUACUUAUAUAUGUGCAUAUAUAAUAUGAUAGAUAUACCCACUACUGGUAGUCCUUUCCUUCUUCACUUGGCA